AAUUGCUUAUAUAGUUGCCCCAAGAAAGCCGUAUCUUUUGACUGGACUUAUAUGUAGAUUAGCCGCAGGAAAAAUUAAUAAAAAUAAUCCUUUUCUACGCAUGCUGAGAAUACAUCGGGAAUCAUUCUCUCUGGAUCAUUAUGUCAAUCCUAACCAAGGAUCAGCGCUAUUAAUAUAUGAUAGUACAACCGUUAGGUAUGCUUGCCUAACUCUUAGCCAACUGACGAACUCUGGGUUUGUAACUGCAUAUCCACAUAUAUAUAAGCUGCUAGAUAUUCUAGAAAAGUCGAGAGAAACGUUACCGCAAAUUGAUAUUCGACUAUUGUUGGAAGUUAUCAAGUCAUGUGAAGCCAUUCUAUCAGCUAAACUUCCGGUUUUAAGACAUCGUAGUGAUGAACGUAUAAACCAUAUCGCUAAUGCAGUAAGAGACAAAUCAAUUAAAUGUGCCAAAUAUAUAACUGAACAUAUAUCAGCUGUACAAGGAGCUGUGUUGCCUGAAUUUGCAACAACUGUGCUUAAAUUGAAUUGUGCCAACAAAAGCUUCACGAAAUACCUUAUAAAGGAAAUCACAGAAAAUGCCCAAAAUCUAGCACCUCAAGUACUGAUAGGUUGCUUGGAAUACCUGGCUAAUCAAAUAUCGUCUGGAAUAAAUGGAUGCUACGGUGCAGUGUACAUAUUGCUCGAUGCAUUAGCAAAAUGCAAUCUUCCUUGGAAAUGUGUCGUAGAUAUAUUGAAUAUCAUGGUUCAAAUUAACGUUAGCCAUCCGGAAUUCUUGGAUGGCAUUACGUCAGCCUUGAUUGGUGAAAAUUGUUUGUCAGAAAAGGAUGUUUGGGGAAUGGACACAGUGCCCAGCCGUGAUAUCUGUGAUAUCAUGGGUGCCCUAACCAACCUUAGCCACGAACACCUUGGUAACUUACUAGAGGCUUUUAUUAGUAGGUAUAGCGUUGCUCACGUAGAGAGAUGUAAUAACAAUGUAGCAACUCGCAAUAUGAAUAAAUGCAACCUCGGGAUGCUUAUGAAACUAUUGAAGGCAAUACUUACCACAGACCCAGAGCUUAAGGGUCCUGGACAACAGUGGGUGCGUUAUAUCGUACAGAGGCGUCUUCCAUAUAUAAUCAGCAAUGCGUCGGCACAAGAGAUUGAAGAAUUGUUUCAUCUGCUUACUGUGAUGGAUCCUAUGAUGUACCAUCAGCUGAUCACUCCAAAAUCCGAGGUACAGCUUGAAACUAAAUUAAUAACCGCACUGCUGGCAAAAGUAAACCUCAUGUCACCAAAAGGACUUGCGAAAGUAGUUAUGUGGUUUUGUACAUCCACCAAAAAUAUACCAGACUUUUCACUUGCCGAACUAAUGCAGAAAUGUAUUGUCAUCAUGUGUUCACGGGUCCUGGAGAUGAUCAAAAUGUCAUCGUAUAUCACAGGGAAAAUGGUUUCACAGGCUAAGCAUAAAGAUGGCAUGGCGGAUACCCUAGUACUUCCGCUAAUCGAUCAUAGUGCUAGUUUAAAGUUAAAUGAAAUUACCGACAAUAGCCAGAGUAAAUUUCUCUAUGAUCCGUCGUUGGGAUCCAACUUCAAAUACCUAAAACUUGGAGAUAGCCGGAGUGAUAGGAAAAACAGAACUCAACACCAGCAAGUACUAGGUGCAUCGCCUCCAAAAAACGCGUUGAAUGAGACACUAAAGACGUCUUCUGAACUGGCAAUCGCAAAGCAGGGCACUUACAAACCCAUGUUACAUGAAACUGAUUUGAAACUCCAGGGAUCUGGUGAAGGUGCCCAUAGACUUAUGGAAGUGUUACGAACAGUUCGUCAAAGUUUGUGCGUGUACCACCAUAUAUUAGGUAUUAAAUGUCCAAACUUGUAUAGAUCAUGGAACAUGCCACAACUACAAACGCUACUCAACUUUCUCAAAGUAUAUAACUUGUUUUUCACGAUGCACGCAGCUAAGUUUAGUGAUUUGGAAGACCAAUAUUCCUUAUAUGGAAUAGAUGAUGCAUAUAACACGAAAGUUAAGAAGGCAAUCAAGGCAGUGGAUGCGGAAUACCUAGAUCAGAGGUUUUUGUGCACACCGGAAACAAGGGAAUUAUUUAACAGUUCUAUGUCAAAUAGCCCGGUAACAAAUAUCCCAACAGCCAAAUUGCGCAACAGGGAUGUUUAUAUUGCGAAACCCGUACGUAGCAAGGUUAAGCUAAAUUGGAAUCAUUUUGAUGAUGGUGCUAACCUAGCGUAUAUAACAAGAUCAAAAUCCCCAAGGAGUCUUAGAGCGUGCUUGUCAGCCAAAAUGAACCAAACAUCUCAAGAAGUUGACCUUAAACUGCACGGAAAUAAAAAUGAGGUAGACUACUACCCUGAAUAUAUCUCCAAGCAUUUCAAGGGUACAGUUGCGUGUUUUGCCAAUGAAAACAACACCAAAUGCACCAACAAAAGGGCUGAUGCAAAUGUUUCCACAUCGCGAAUGCAUAAGCAAAUUCACACGACACUCACAACCACUGGUACCAUCAGCGUUGCAUCCGAAGUGCGUUGUGAUCCUUAUUUUAUAGAUAUGGUGUGUAUCCGGUCGUAUUAACCGGUGCCGUUGUACUGCAACUGUAUAUGCAAUGGACAUG